AAAAAAAAUCUUGUCGUGCGCUGGCAGUUACCUCUGAUCCUGCUCUACAGUAAAAAGCCCGCAAGAUCUUUAUUCUUUUACAGAGAGCGAAAGCCAUAUCAGUGCAAUGGGCAACUUUCAUCUCAGUUGACUCUUUUCACCAUAAAUGCCGCCUUGCCGAUGACUGCCACAGCCACCGUGGGUUAUCUCCUGUGGUGACUCCACAGUCAGGAGCUUUAUCCUCUGGUGUCAUCUUAAGAUUUGCUGAUUGCACUUUUCCUGGAAUCCCUGCAACUUCUUCCACUAGCUCUUCUUUCCUUUCUCCCACCCCUUUCAUUUACUUUUAAUUAUCCUGUGAAGACCCGCCUUUGGAGCCAAAAUGGAGGACACGUACAAUAACAGGACUUCCUUGGUUAAGGGGGCCAAAGACAUGGUGAAGGAGGCCAAGCGGCAUACAACAAAGAAGGUCAACAAAGUGGUUGACCAUGCCUCUGAUGGGUACUCAUCUCAUCACAACUAUCAGCGAUUCCAGGAUGAGGAUGAUGGCGAUGAUGAUUUUUACAGGAACCAGCAAGGGCAAGAUGGUGAAGGGUACCGUGAAAACGAGGACGGUUCAAGUGAAGGUACAGAGGGCCACGAUGAUGAGGAUGAAAUCUAUGAGGGUGAAUACCAGGGGAUCCCCUCAUCUGGAGACAAGAAGCAUAAGGAGGGCCAGGUGGCGCUGGGGCAGCCCAUGUCAGAUGCAACAAGGGAUCGUAAUGAGCUGGAGCAGGAGAGGCAGGCCGAUGAGGAAGAGCUGGCCCAGCAGUAUGAGCUGAUCAUCCAGGAAUGCGGACAUGGAAGGUUUCAGUGGCAGCUGUUCCUGGUGCUUGGCCUGGCACUCAUGUCAGAUGGGGUAGAGGUGUUCAUUGUGGGCUUUGUGCUGCCCAGCGCAGAGACAGACAUGUGUGUGCCCAACUCAAGCUCGGGAUGGCUAGGCAGCGUUGUUUACUUGGGUAUGAUGGUUGGAGCGUUCUUCUGGGGAGGGAUGUCCGACAAAGUGGGCCGCAGACAAUGCCUCCUCAUUUGCAUGUCCACGAAUGGCUUCUUUGCCUUCCUCUCAUCCUUUUCCCAGGGGUAUGGCUUGUUCCUUCUCUGCCGUCUCGUUGCAGGUUUUGGGAUAGGAGGCGCUGUGCCCAUUGUUUUCUCCUUCUUUGCAGAGGUGUUAUCCAGAGAGAAAAGAGGAGAACACCUCAGCUGGCUGUGUAUGUUCUGGAUGAUUGGAGAGAUCUAUGCAUCUGCUAUGGCGUGGGCCAUCAUACCACACUACGGUUGGAGCUUCAGUAUGGGUUCAGCAUACCAGUUCCACAGCUGGAGAGUGUUUGUUGUUGUUUGUGCGCUGCCGUGUGUGUCCGCGGUGGUAGCACUAACGUUCAUGCCAGAGAGUCCCAGGUUCUACCUUGAGGUUGGGAAACAUGAUGAAGCCUGGAUGAUCCUCAAACAGAUCCAUGACACCAACAUGAGAGCGCGUGGGCAGCCAGAGAAAGUCUUCACUGUGAACAGGAUCAAAACUCCCAGACAACUGGAUGAAUUGGUUGAAAUUGGAGCAGAAUCUGGAAACCCAGUUUCUAAGGUUUUCUUUAGGAUAAAGGCUGAAAUACAUGGGAUCUAUCAGAAUCUUAUGAAGUGCUUCAACUACCCCAUGCGAGAAAGCACAACGCAACUAGCCAUAGUGUGGUUCACACUUUCAUUCGGGUAUUAUGGACUGUCCGUCUGGUUCCCUGAUGUCAUCAAACAUCUGCAGGCGGACGAAUAUGCCUCCAAAGUGCAGUUGCACAAUAACGAACGUAUCGAAGGCUUUACCUUUAACUUCACUCUGGAGAACCAGAUCCACAGAAAUAGCCUUUUCAUCAAUGAUCAAUUCAUCAGUAUGAAGCUGAAGUCCGUCACCUUUAUUGACUCCACCUUUCGAAACUGCCAAUUUAAUGAUGUGACAUCAGUGGGCACCUCCUUCAAGAACUGUACAUUCAUCGAUGCAUUCUUCUACAAUACAGACAUCGAUGAGUCAAAGUUAAUAGAAGGCACAGAGGUGAUCAACAGCACUUUCACCCACAACAAGAUAGGAUGCCAGAUGAAAUUUGAUGAUGACUACAGUGCCUACUGGGUUUACUUCAUCAACUUCCUGGGUACUCUGGCUGUUUUACCCGGCAACAUUGUAUCUGCUCUUCUCAUGGAUAAAAUCGGUCGUCUGUCUAUGUUAGGCGGAUCCAUGGUCCUUUCGGGCAUCAGCUGUUUCUUCCUGUGGUUUGGCACCAGUGAGUCCAUGAUGAUUUUUAUGUUGUGCCUCUACAACGGCCUGAGCAUCUCCGCUUGGAACUCGCUGGAUGUGGUCACCACGGAGUCCUUCCCUACUGUCCGGAGGGGAACAGGCUUUGGCUUCUGCAAUGCUCUGUGUAAGCUUGCUGCAGUCCUGGGAAACCUGAUCUUUGGCUCUCUUGUUGGCAUAACAAAGGCCAUCCCCAUCCUCUUGGCCUCAUCGGUGCUUGUUGGAGGAGGCCUGGUCGGACUCCGGUUGCCUGACACCCGGGCGAAUGUCCUCAUGUAACACCUGUGGGGUAUAACCUGAAAACGAUGGAGAUAACCUGUAGAGCUUUGGAGUAAGGAAUGCAAGUGGCUUGGUUUUUUUUUUUUUUUUUUUCUCACCACUUUCAUUCACAUUUCAUUACUAUGCCUUGGGUGAAGUAAAAUAACAACCCACCCUCUCACACUAUGUAGGGUUUCCUUCUCUUUUAUUUUUCUGGAGGUUUCUCGUGAUUAAGAUGAAUAUUUGCCCAGGUUUGGAUGCUGAAACUUUGGUUGGAUCGCUUAUAUCACCCUCCGGUUUCAGUCAUAACCUUGAAUGGAGACAACACAUGGUCAAAGCUCAAGCUUUUUAAUAUUGAUUUAGUCUUAUUAAGACAAGCCAGAUGGGGAGAAAACAGAAAAACAAGCUGUAAUGAGCACAUCCAACCUGCUGUGUGACAACGCAGGGAAUACAUGAUCAGACAGAGUGGACUCAUUGACAGCUGGCUUACCCACAAGACCUGUACACAGAACACGGACGUGUGCUAAUUGUCACGACACAGAAAUACAUAGAAAGUGUUUAAAUUAAUACCAUGUGUUAUUCAUGAGUACCCAUACAUUUUAAACUCCAAAUUUACAUCAUACUGUAGACAUGAUGGAGUAUUUCGAUACAUGACAUUUGUUAAGACAUCUGCAACGUUUUAAAAUCUAUAAUUUAAAUGUGAAACCAAGCUCUUUGCAUUACCCAUCCAAACAUGAAUCAUAAAGGCCAUAUUGAUAGAAAGAAAAAAAGUAUUUUCUUGUACUAAUAAUUGUAUUUAAUGUUAAAUCUGAUGAUGUUAACGUCACUUCCUUUUGUGUUACUGCUAAAGAUGGAAUAAUGAAUGCUUCUUUUGCCCAAAGUGUCAGUAUCCCAUGUUUCCUUUCGUGUGUUGUGAUGUUGUUCAAAAGGCUCCAGGAUGAGCGCUUCUUCUUUAAUUUUACGUUGAAUCCUGCUUAUGGCGGUGAUGUUUCCUGCUGCUUCCUUAGAAAAAAGAAAGAAAAAAAGGACAAAAAAUAUUGAAUGGCCUUUUUGUUUAAUGUGCCUCUCCUUAACUGGAACAGUCUGCCAUUUUCACGUGCUGUCCAAAGGUUUAAAGAGCAGAUAUAAACUGAACAGGGAUUAAAGAGAAAAUAUACAGUAUACAGUAUGGGAAAAAUAUCUAAUUAUCAAAAUGUUUUGAUAUAUGUUUUGUAUAUAUGAGCAAGAUCCCUCUUCCUAUUUCUUCCUGUUGCUUAAAAUAACUCAAGUUAACUCAUCUCAAAUUAAGUUUAUUUAAUUACCACAUUUGUAGUUGUGAGGCAAAUGUAAAUGCUUUUUAUUAGUUAUUUGAGGUCUGUUUUUGUUGUGACUCACUGAGAGUAAAAAAAAAGUUGCAAUAAGAUACUGUUGAAUAUGUGACAAAUAUUGGAAGAGUAAUUUUAUCUUUUUUUUCAACACUGAGACCUCAAUGCACGCUGUUUGAGUUACAAUGAUGGUGAGAAAAUAGAAAAUAGGGGGGAAAAAAGGCAUAAUAAUUUUUUUUCACAAUUUCAUAACACUUGGAUUGAUUGUUCAGGUAGAUCAAUUAUAAGUGUGCAGUUGCUCUAAGUGUUGUUUAAUUUAUGCACGUGGACUGUAUUUUCUGUAUUCGCCCCUGGCCUCUGGCAGUAUUCAGUAUUUGUGGUAUCUGUGACUGAGGUGAAGAUGUGGUUUUUGCCCCUGUACUUCACCUAUCUCACUCACGGCUGCUUAAAACAUAAAAAAACUAAACUGUAUAAUGUGUAAGGAUCAAUCACCCAUAACGUUAACCUUGUCCUUUAUUUUGAAAAGCUGAAAAGAAAAUAUGUGAUAAUUGUGGUGCUAUCACUCACCAGAUUUUGGCUAGUCAUUUUUUUGACCCGCUGAUUUGAAUAUUUUCUAAAUCAAAAGUGCAACAUACAGAUUUUCAAUGAAAAGCAUUGACUCAUGCCCAGCAAUGUUGGCAGCAAAUAAGAUUAAAAAAGUACUCUAUCUGCUUAAUAAUAUUUUAAAAGCUAAGUGGCAGAAACGCCAAAAAGAGAAAAACACCAGGUAUGUCUGAUUAUUUAGUGUAUAGCUUAUAUGUACUGUAUUUUUAUGUGUGUGUGAGACACUAAGGGAAUUGAAUGUGUGUGUGCAGGCCUCCACAUGGAUGCAUGAAUGUAAAUAUAAUGUACAUAUCAAAGCUAAUGUUGAUUAAAUUCUGGGUUAAACGUGUUAAAGGUCCUUGAUUGUGUCACAUGUAUCCGGAUUUGUUAGAGAGGCGAUUUCAUCUCCUAUAUCUUUGUUGUGAAACUUAGUGUGUCUUUUGAUUUCACCUGACACUGUUGUGUGUGUGUGUGUGUGUGUGUGUGUGUGUGUGUCUGCGUUUGGGGUGUGUGGGCUAAAUUGCAUGUAUGUAAGAAAAUGAUGGCAAUAUUCGGAUUUUUGUUGAGGAAAAAUGUGAAUGUAUCACUGUUAUUGGUUCUGUUCAAUCAUUUUAUGGAGGUAGUCAAUCGUAUGUCAACAUUAAAGUGAAUAUUAUUGUAAAGGACCUGCCAGUUAGUGGAUUAGUGGAUGACAGAGCUGUGUCCAUAUGUGUGAAAAUAUCUGAAGAAAUAUUUGCCAAAUGAUAUCCUGGGAAUGGCAUUACAUGCUGGAAAGACAGAGAUUGCAGACUGUGCUGCUUUUGAACAUAUAUAAUUAAAGUUAUGUUCUCUAGCAAAGAAUGCCGUGCUUUUAUUUCACAGGCUUUUUAACCUGUAAAACCUCUGGUUGGAGUACAUCUGAAAUACUGGAAACACUUGGGAAGUGCCAAAAAAAUGACACAAUAGUGUACUAUUCCUUUGAUUUUUAAGGUGAUAUAAUGUAAAGUAAUACUGCCACCUAGAGGCUAAAUUUCAGUAUUGAGCUAAUUGACCCUACUGUUAAUUAAUCUGACCCAAAGUCUUUAACUCGCCCAUCAUUUUCUUGAAGAAAAAUUCACAACAAGUUAAAACUUCCAUCAAGUGUCCAACAUUUGGAAAUUUGCAAACUCUCACAGCUCCAUUCCAACAUUACAUUCAGUGGUUUCAUUUUGUUGGAAGGGGUAUUCCCAAAUAUUGAUUUCAAGGUUUUCUGUCCGUGUCAGAAGGGUACACU